AUGGAGAAGAAACCACACUUUAUCCGGCGGGAUCUUCCUCCCAGGGAGGUGUCCUCUGUCUCCUUGGCGUUGCUGCUUGGAGCCAUCCUGCUCCUCAAUGCCCUCCUCUACCUGUACCUCAGCAAGUUUUACGUCUCUCCGGGACGCGCCGGAACGGAUCCUGGCCUCUGCUCUUUCGGGUACUUCAAACUGGGAGCGGGGAAGAACUGCUCCCCGUGGCUGACCUGCGAAGCCAUAAAUAGGGAAGUGAGGAAACUCAAGUGUGUUGGCGAAGGAGCUGUGAAAAAGGUCUUCCUUUCCGAGUGGAAGGAGAACAAAGUGGUCCUCUCGCAGCUCACCAACUCGGAGCUGAAGGAGGACUUUCUCCACGGACUGAAGAUGCUGAAAGCACUUCAGAGCAAGCACGUUGUCCGGCUGCUCGGCUACUGCGAGCAGCAGUUCACCAUCCUCACCGAGUACCAUCCUCUAGGCUCCCUGAGGGGCCUGAACGAAACUCUCCACAUCCCCAAGUACAAGGGCAUGAACACGUGGCAUCGCCGGCUGAUGCUUGUGAUCGACUACGUGAGCAUCAUUCGGUACCUGCACAGCAGCCCCCUGGGCACCUUGGUGAUGUGCGACUCAAAUGACCUGGACAAGGUCCUCUCCCAGUAUCUCCUAACGAGCGACUUUCACAUCCUGGUGAACGAUCUGGACGCCCUGCCUCUCGUGAACAGGAGCGCCGGCAGGCUGGUGAAGUGCGGUCAUCGGGAGCUCCGGGGUGAGUUUGUAGCUCCCGAGCAGCGCUGGCCCUACGGGGACAAGGUGCCGUUCGAGGAUGCCCUCAUGCCCGCCUAUGAUGAGAAAACAGACAUCUGGAAAAUCCCAGAUGUCUCCAAUUUUUUCUUGGGCCACGUUGAAGGAAGUGACAUUGUGCGACUGCAUUUGUUUGACAUCCACGCGGCAUGUAAGAAGGAGGACCCGGCUCAAAGACCUUCUGCCCAAGAGGUCUUGGACGCCUACCGGCGAGUUUUGACUCUGCUUAUUCGGGAGGCGGCCAUGCCCGGUACGCGGGAAAUGCUGUAGCGAAUCAGGAGACAACGUACUGCAGUUGAUGCCAUUCCUAUUUAUUUAGCUUGCUUGAUGGGCAAAACCUCUGU